AUGUCUACCCAAAACGCCUCCACCUUCGACCCCUACACCCAAAACAUCACGGUCCUCUCCUCGGACGGAACCAACAUCGUCCAAAACAACGUCAGCCUCUACACAAUCGACAGCGACCACUUCUACGCCGUCUCUGUAUCCCUAAACUACGGGUCCCAAAUCGGGGCCUCACUCUCCAUGCUUGUUCUCCUACUGCUCACGCGGCGAGAGAAGCGAAAAUCCCCCAUCUUCUUCCUCAACGCCACAUCCCUCCUCCUCGUCUUCAUCUCCCGAAUUCUACUCGCCAUGUUCUUCUUCGGGGAUUAUAAUAGCUUCUACACCAUGUACACGGGCGAUUUCAGCUACAGCUCCACCGGACAACGGGCAACGCAAAUCACCGCAACGAUCAUAGGCUUGUUUAUAACCAUCACCAUCAAUUGGUCUCUCGUUCUGCAGGCCAAGACAGUGGUGCAUAACGUUGGUAUACCAUCCAAAUAUUUCCGAGUCAUCAUCGGGAUAUCGGUUUUGGUUCUGUUGAACGCAGUUAUCUUUCGCGCCGUCCUGACUGGCGAAAUCAUCAAAGCAAUCCUGGGUAAAGAAAACUUCCUCGACAAGAUAUCGCUGAUCAAGGGAUCACUGGCGUCGGAAAUGUUGGGGGUAUGGUGGUUCUGCUUGGUUUUUUCGGGGAAAUUGCUUAUAAUUCUGCGGACGAGGCGAGCGAAGAAGUGGACGAGACAGGCUUCGAUGGAGGUUCUUGUUAUUGGUACUUUCUAUACUAUGUUCUUACCAGUUAAGCUCAUUUCCAAACCUCAUAAUGUACACACUAUCUGA